UUUGAGGAAAAAAUGGAAGGAACCUUCGUGCCGCUGUGACCGCGUUCCCUGCGGGAAAUAAUUCGCAGUAGGACAGCAGUAUGCUAGGACAGAAAACGUGUGAAACGCCGUAACUGUCCUGUUAGUGGAGUUUAAGUUGUAGAAAUUUGUGCACAUGCUGCGGUUAAUCUGACAAGCCAUUAACUUCCAAUAAAGAGAACAAACCGGAGGUCAGUCUUCGAGUGGAAUAAUCUGAAGAAAUAAUGAAGAAGAAACUAAACCGCAGUGGAGAGGCACCAUCGGAACAGCAGUCCGCUGACUACGUGGUGGGUCAGGUGUCGGGAAGUUUGUUCCAGAAGAACUCUGCAGCCUCUGGGUCGCUGUCGGCUUUAUUCAGCACCGCUCCGCCAGCCGCAUCUCUUCUGUUUCAGCCUGCACCCAAGCCUGUUCAGAAGAGCACAGAAGAAAAGCAGCAGCAGAAGGAAACUCCAGAGGUCGAAGGUCAACCCAGCCAGAAGAAGAAGAAGCCACCAAAGGAGAAAUCAGCAGCCGACCAGAGGCUGGAAAACAGGGAGAUCAGUCUACAGGCGGCAGACGAAGACGAGCGAGGGCAGGAGACGUCGGUGAAGAAGAAGAAGAAGAGGAAGGCGGCGGAGUCGGGCGGAGAGCACGAUGUGGAGCACUGGGUGAUGAAGAGACAGAGGCUGAAGGCCAGCAGAGAGGAGGAGGCGGUAAAGAGGAAGAGGACGGUGUUCGUCGGCAACCUGCCCGUCAGCUGCAACAAGAAGACCUUGCGGAGCCUGUUCAAGGAUAAAGGAUCCAUCGAGUCCAUCCGGUUUCGCUCUGUGGUCCGAGAGGAUCCGUCCAUGUCCCGCAAAGUGGCAGCUAUCCAACGCAAAAUCCAUCCCAAGAAGCAAAGCGUGAACGCCUACGUGGUGUUUAAAGACGAGGAGGGAGUCGCCCAAGCGUUAGAAAGGAACGGCCUGGAGAUAGAGAAAGACUUUCACAUCCGAGUGGACCGAGUGACCGACACUUCAUCCCAUGAUCACAAACGUUCCGUGUUCGUGGGGAACCUUUCCUUCGAGAUCAAUGAGUGGGCGUUUCGACGGCAUUUCGAGGAGUGCGGUGCGGUGGAGGCAGUGAGACUGGUCCGAGACAAGAACUCUGGGCUGGGGAAGGGAUUCGGCUACGUCCUGUUCGAGAGCGCCGACUCGGUCCAGCUGGCGUUGGAACUGAACGGCUCGAAGCUGGAGGGCAGGUCCGUCCGCGUGAAGAGAUCAGUGAAGAAAGAAAAGCAAAAGAAUAAAGCGAACAACAGAGAAACCGCGGGGAGGAACGGCAGAGGCCUCGCCAAGGGCCCUACAAAGGGUCCUAUGAAGGGCUCGGGGCGGGAGAGAGGAGCCAGUCGGGGAGGUUUCAAGUCUCCAAAGAAAUUCACUGGAAACCAGCAAAAGUCGACCAAAAGCUCCACGUCCUUCAAAGGAGAGAUGGUGGAUCCAAACAAAAAAAUGAAAAAGAAAGGACUGAAGAAGAAACCGAAGCACAACAAGACUGUUCAUAUCUGACCUCUGAGGAAAUAAGAGUGUUUGUUUGAGGAACCUUCUGACUGAGGCCAGCAGUGAUCCAGCCUUUGUUGUGGUCCAGUCCCUCAACCGGGGGCCCGUUCCAAGCGGCAGGUUUACUGAGUUAUCGGGAUAAAUCAGUCCAAAUUUUACGGAGGCUUUUAGUUUGACUUAGUAAACCUGGGCAACAGAGCUGCUAUUCAGACAAUUCUAUAGGUCAGUUCAUCCACUCACAUCCCGUCUGUCAAACCAUCUCGUCCAGUAAAGAGUUCAGCUUCUCUACUACGGCAGGCGAACGAAAUAAAAUCAAAAAAAUGCAAAAACUCAACCACAUGAAUCACACUUUUUCUUUCUUUUUUAAACAUAGGCUAAACAACAAAUACAUUGUUUAUAACUUUCCACCUUGUUGGUGUAUUGGAUUAAAUUGUCUGGUUUUCCUGUUAUCUUGUUAAAGUUUAAUCUUUUUUUUAAAUGUCAAUUCCUUGAACAGAGGUGGAGGUUGGUUGUUUUGGUUUUUUUUCUAGCAAAACUUGUAAAUCUGUGAAUUUUGAAUGGAAACAUCAUAAAUCAAUUUUGAACCAAGACGUAGUUCAAUGUUUCAGAGCUCAGCGUUCUCUUCACCACCAUUAAACAUCCAUAGGGACUUGAUGGAACCGGACAGAUCGGGACUAUGGAGGGAUGAGACUUAAAGCCCCUUGACAUUAUUGAACAACGGUUUAAACUCUGUUGUAAUUAUAAAACAAACCCUGAUUUGUCAGCUAUGGCACCUGUUUCUAUAUUUUUUCCAGUUUGGCAGACCGACGACAGCCCAGUGAGAACUCUCCCGCUGCGGGAACUUAAAAACCUAAACCAACUCGUAUCCGUGGUCACAGGUUCUGCUUUUGUUUCUACUGUGUCCAGCCCGGAUCGGAUUUCUCAGAGAUACAAAGUCACUUGUGCGGGAAACUUAAAAAAAAAUGAACCGAGAUUACGGAAAAGUCAGAGAGAAACCCAGAGAGCGAUUAAAAUGGUUCCCACGUGCUGGGCUCUGUUUCGUGUGACCUGGACCCCGAGGAAACGUGAAAGAACAAAAAGAAACGAAUAUCAUCUUCUUCCUUUCUUCCAUCGUCGCCUGACACACAACCAGUUAUUUCAUGAGCCUACAAAACAAAACAAAAAAAAAUCACACUUAUAGUUCUAGACAUUGUAGUUGCUUGCAGUGUUUUGAAUGAUAUAAACCCUACGGAGUGGUAACUUACGGUGCCCAAACUUCUGCACACUUUCUUUUUCUAUUUUUUUAAAUUCAUGAAAUAAACAGUAACACUGCAUUAA